CAUUCUCCGUCGCCGUAAAGGCUUUAUCCUUAUCCCUUCUCUUCCUAUUAUGCAUACCCAUGGAAGCUCUGUUGCUUUAGGUUCGAAGAUUUACGUUUUAGAUGGUGUUUAUAGUAAUGGUGUGACUUCCAGUGUGUUAACCAUCGACUGUACUUCUAAUACAGUGCAGCCUUCCUUCAACAUUCCUAAGGCUAUGGGUGAGACUGUCGCAGGUAUCAUCGAUGGGAAGAUUUACGUAAUCGGAGAGUGUGAUUGGUCGAAGCGGGUUAUGGUUUUAAAUACUGAGAAACAAAUGUGGGAGACUGAGAUGACGAAGCCGGCGGGUUUGGAGAUUGGUCAAUUGUGGUCUGGUUGUGUGGUGAUGGAGGCUAAGAUUUACAUGAGGGAUUUAGAUAAUAGUUUUGUUUAUGUGCCAAAGGAGAAGAAAUGGGAAAUGGAGGAGAUGUUGAAUUCUCAUAAGUGGCAAUAUGCAUGUGUUCUUGACGAUGUAUUGUAUUACUACGAUUGUCUCGCGAACAGAUUAAGAGCGUAUGAUACAAAGCGCAAGUUUUGGGUAGUGGUGAAAGGUGGGGAAAGAUUGUUGUCUGAGACAAGUUGGCUGAGGCUGCCGACCAUUUCAAAGUGGGCAUAUACUAUGAGUUGCGGUGAGAAACUGGUUGUGUUCUUUCCUAAACUAGACAUGAUAUACCCAACCAAGAUUUGGUGUGCGGAGAUCGCACUUGAAAGACGCCAAGGAGGAGAGAUUUGGGGUAAAUUUGAGUGGUGUGGUGCCGUCCUGGAUAGUGAUCUUCUCUUUGUGAGAUGUCUAGAUGUUAUGGUUUGAUGCACAAAACAAUAGCUAUUGUGGUUUGAUACACAAACUCUCCCAUUUACGCAUUCAUAGAACUUGUCGUUUAAUUUGUUUUCUUUUCAUAAUCCUAAAUUUCAUCUUGUGGUAGAAAAUUGUUGAUUUCGUUGAUUUAAAAGUGAAAAUGUAUUUGCUUUAAUCUUGGUUUUGUGCAUUGAGAGUUUAAGAAGCAAAUGUGGACAAACAUUCUGCCAUGUCAUCUCUCCUUAUAAUUUUACAAAUGAAAUUAUUGUACCUAG